AAACUUGGACUAGAAGCAGUGCUUGAUAUCUUUUUACCUUUCCCUCAAUCUGGUCCCUCUCAUGUCAAUAUCCCAUACACAUUCUUUGAGAUCUGAAAAUUGGAAAAAUGGCAUUCCUCAAACUAACUACUCUUUUUCCCUUCCUUCUUAUCUAUGUCUUCCUCUUCACCUCUUCUCCGGCUCACUGUAAUGAAAUCGAAGACGUAAUUUUGAAAGAGAUAAACACCUUCAGGAAGAACACCAACCACACUGAGUUCUCGCACAACCCAAAUGCCGACUGCUUCGCAGACAAAGUUGCAGAAAGUCUGAAAGACGAACCAUGUUCACGUGCAAGUGAUUUCUUUUAUCAGCUUGGUAUGGUUCCCAGACUCCCUAAUUACCAGCAGCUGUUCGGCAAAUGCAACAUAAAGGCCAACACCACCAAGGAUGCCAUGAUGCUGCCGACUUGCGUACCCAAACUGAACAAAACUCUUUUGAUUGAAGAUUAUACUCAAUCUCCUUACAAUAAGUCUCUGACGAAUCCGAGUUUUACGAGCAUUGGGGUUGGCUCCAAAGAUCAAUGGAUGGUUGUGCUUGUUACCACUAAUAAUUCCAGUGGAAGCUUUUCUAGUGGCUCUGCACCUUCUUUGCUUGGCUUGCUUCACUGCUUGAUUGGCUCUUUCAUUGGGUUCAUCUUCAUUGCUUUGCUCAUCAACUGAAUGUGGUCUUGUAAGCUUUUGAUUCAUUUUGUUGGGUGUUUGUAAUUGUGUUGCUUUUGGAUAUUUUUCUAUUGAAUUGUUAUGAUUGUAAAUUGUGAAAGACAUAAAGGGGCUAUUUUUUUUUUUAUGUGAACUAUUUGGGCUAUCAAUUAUUGA